GAGGGACUCUGUUUAGCUGAAUAUAAGCUUAGUAAUUAUUUAUUUUGGUAGUCAGUGUAUGGGUGGUGUAUUUUGCGUCUCCAUUCGUGCUAGUAGCGAACUUUGUAAUGGAAAAAUACAGGCCUUGACUCGCACUGGUUGUAACAUUAUGUCCUGAAAAACCAGACAGGCACCGCGACAUAACGUUACUGACAUAAGGAACUAUUUCAGCUCUGAAUCUCAUCCAGGUUAUUUUUGUAGAAUAGAACCAUCCGCCUCUCCCGAAUCCACGUCCAGUUUAUCUUUGUAGACGAAACCAGACUCAACAUGGUCGGAUGGGCGGUUUAUACAAAGCUUCCGCUCCAGUGUUUUACAAUCUACAGGCUGGUACUAAACUGGACAGCAGGCUCUAUCCCUGCUAGCAGACUGGAUUAGCUGGCUCGUUAGCUUGGCAUCAUGGCUAUUUAGCCAGCACGCUAAUAUUGUCUCGGCUGGAUAGCUGCUAACAUCAGCAAGGCCGCCAUUGCAGUCGUGUGUGCGGUCUGUCGUUGCUGCCGCAGUGAGGGGGAGCUUUAGCCCGGACUGGAGCCAAGAUUCAUCGUGCCUUCUCCACCUGCAAAUGACUUAUUUGCCUGGUCUGCUCACUGACAAGAGCACCAGCACAGCACUAAACAAAACAAAGCUCUAUAUACCCCGAUUCCCCCCUUGAGUCAUCAUCCGGCAGGAAAACGGAGGUCGUGGGGCUGGAGUGUGUUCUCAUGGCCGAGUCAGAGACUGAAUGUGAUACACCCGGCCUUGACACACUUGGGUCGGAGUGUGUCAUAGCCCACAGCCACGUCGACCUUCACUAUGGAGCAGAAACGGAGAUCAUGACAGAAGAAAAGCGCGGAUUAGAGCUGGAGAUCCAUGGCUCAGACUUAAAGAUCCAGGGACUGGGGACAGACCUUGGAGCUGUAGCCUGUGUUGAUGCAAUUGUAGCUGAGACAGACCAUGAUUACAUUAAGGUGGAACAUGGUGAGAUGCACUGUUUCACAGGAGCAGAAAUCAAGACAACAGGAAACGAGGCUCUGCUGGGAGAGGUGCUGCUUAAGACGGAGAGCGAACAUGUGGUCAAAGUAGAGUCUGACCAUGGUGGGGAGUUGACAGUGGAGUCUGAGAAUGGUGUAAUUAUACAUGAAGCCCAUGGCUUGCAGUGCAACGAGUGUGGGGAGAUUUUUGGCAGCAUAGCUGAUCUUCACCAACACUUUGAGAUCCAUAAAGACCUCAACCCUUACAUCUGUGUCCACUGUGGUGAGAGCUUCGCUGUGGAGGCCAGCCUCAAACAGCACAUGAAGAUUCACAUGAAAGAAAAGCCUUAUGUUCCCCCUGGAGUUGAAAUUAUGGGCAAAGAUGUUAUUGAUGCCUUCAGCCUCAAGUCUCAUCAAAUGAUUCAUUUGCCAGACAAGCCCCACAGAUGCUCAGAGUGUGGUAAGAGCUUUGCCGCUGCCAUCACCCUGAGAGAACACAUGAAGAUGCAUUCAGAGGACAAGCCCUACAAGUGCACCCAGUGUAGGAAGAGCUUUGUCCGCAGAAGGCAUCUGAAAAAGCACCAGGAGGUCCAUGCACGUGAGAAGCCAUAUACUUGCGGCCAGUGUGGCAAAGGCUUUGCUACGACUUCCAACCUGAAGCAACACCAGAAAACCCACGCUGCAGUUGUGCUUGGAGACAAACCCCACCGCUGCACACAGUGUGGAAAGUGUUUUGCAGCAGCUGCCACGCUGAGAGAGCACCAGAGGAUCCACUCAGGUGAGAAGCCGUACAAAUGCAACAUGUGCAGGAAGAGUUUUGUCCGCAAACGCCAUCUGAAGAAGCACCAGCAAGUCCAUGCGGGAGGGAAGCCCUACACCUGCAGACAUUGCAACAAAGGCUUCAAUCACUCCUCUUCUCUCUCUCGCCACCAUAAGACCCACCUGCAGAAUCCAGUGUUUUCUCCACCUCAGCCUGGAAAACCCAUGUCAUACGGCACUCCCCCAAAGCAGAGGGUGCACCAGCAGGGGGACAAGCCCUACAUGUGCCACCACUGUGAUAAGGGCUUCAAUCAUUCCUCUUCCCUGUCCCGGCACCAAAGAGUCCACUCAGAGGGGAAGAGUUACACCUGCGCUCACUGUGGCAAAAGAUUCAAUCACUCAUCCUCCCUUGCAAGACAUCAGAGAGUUCACUUGGAAAACAAACAGCAACCGCAGCAACAGCAACCACCGCAGCCGCAACCGCAGCAGUACAGCACGAUCCCCACAGGGAAGGGAUUCCCUAACAACACCUUCCCAAAACAGCGUAUCCUGUCCGUUGAAAAACCGUACAGGUGCUCUCAGUGUGGAAAAGGCUUUAACCAUUCAUCUUCCCUCUCCAGACAUCAUAGGAUCCAUGUAGAUCAGUGAGCACGCUUUCUGACCCUCAAAUGCUGUCCCAUGCAAGCGCACACACCCCCCCUCUCCCCCGUUUCUGUUCUACCAAUGGUCCCAUCAUUGAUAUUGCCUCACCACAGGAAACAUCAGGCCAACAUCUAUAGACAAAAGUGGUCAGGUCAGCACAUUGUGGAGCAGUUGAGAAUCAAUGGACAGUAACACAAAAGUCUUCAAAAAGAAAUGGCUUGGCCUGAAGGACCAAGUAACCUAUAAUUCAGAGCUGAACCCAGGACUUUGUGUUCAAUUUGAAGAGGGUAUAAUAAUAGAUUGGGAAGGAGCCUCUAUUCUUGUUUGUGAUUGUGCUUCACUUGCUCCAGGACCUCUUUUGAACACUUUUAAAGAAAAAAAACGUGAUUUGAAGAUCUACACGAUAUAAUUGUCACCUGGGGAAAAUAUACUUCGCCCUCUGGUUGGUCUUUUUGAUAGACGAAUUCAGUUUAUGUCCCUUCAGGUGGGCACACGUGCUUCUCAGCUGCAACUUUAUUCAAAGCUACCAACACAAUUGGUGAACAAGAACUGUUGUCUCGAUUUAAAUAGUUUUCUUUUUCACCCACAUAACCCAUGUGAAGCAAACAUCAAAAAUCCAAUGUAAAUACGUACUGAUUUUCUUUUAUAUAUAUGUAUAGGUGACUAGUGUGCUGUUCCAUAAGAUGACAUUUUUGAUAGUAAGAUCCACUUUGUCUCCACUUUUUUUUUCUUCCCUCCUUUUAUGACUUUAAUUUGUUUUAAGUGUUGGAGAUAAACAUGUUGCAGGUGUUCUCAUGCAGCUUGUUCUUGAAUUUGGGCUCCAUCAGACACGAGCCAUCUUGUAUAUUUAUGAGGUUGUUUUCUUGUAUGUCUACUAUUGGUUAGCACUGCUGCAUAGAUUGUACAGAGAGCAAUACUGGCUGACACCCUGAUUCUAUUAUGACAUGCAAUUUAGCCAUAAGAAAAUGCAUAAUAGAAAUAAAAACCUACUGGGUAGCAUAUGACAUGACCUGUGUCCUAAUUAUUUACUGUGCAGUUUCCUCUGUACCCCAGCACCAAAUGUACAUGAAAUGCAACAUCACACUUUAUUCCUUUGGAGACUAAUUCAGUGAUCUGUGUAUAGAAUAUAGGUAACACUCACAUUGAUCUGCAGACUGUCACAAUUUGAUCUAAAAAAAGGUUGUGUAUACUAAAAGACUACAUGAAAAUCUCACUUUUACAAGAUUUUUUCGAAUUCCAAUGGAUUGCGCUCUAUUUACUGUUCUGUGUAAAAUAUCUUUUACAAACUGUAUUUUUUUAGAUAUGGCUUGGGUUAUAUGAAAGGGAAUGAGAGAUAUACAGUUUUUAUGGGAGUGAACAUUAUGGUGAGCAAUAUUUCUUUUCAUUUGGAUAACAAUUGUGCUUCAAACUGUAGCAUAGGUUUCUUCCUUGUGUUAGAUAGGUGCCUUAUUGCAUGCUAUGUAGAAAUGUAUGCUGAGCUGUUAUUUGAGAAAAAAAGUUAGGGUUUUCAGGAGUCUUUUGUUCUUAUUCAUACUAACUUACCCUACAUUUUAAUUUGAUGUCACUAUUGCUUUUUUGCUUUCAUGUAUAUUACCAUGUGUUUACACUGUUACGACCAUAUUGUCUUUAUCCCCCAUAUUUUUGUCAGUGGCCUCAUUGUAGAGAGAAAAACUGUAAAUGAUCCAUAUAAGCUUCUCUUAAGGGCAAAUCCUGUAACACCUCUUCCCAAUUCCUGAGUGGCACAUAUAUGGAUAAAUAAAGGUUGUUGACUCUCU